GGCUGAGACCCCCCCCCCACACACAGUCAGUGAACCACACUCAAUUCUAGUUUACUACUCCACUUAUGUCUGAGGUUCACUGCAUGCUGCUCAGUGUUUGUGAUAGCUUCAUAAGAACAAGGGAAGUCAUUAUGACUCUUCAUCUGACAGGUGUUUGGCUGCUGCUCAUGACACAUACUGUGUUGGUGUUCUGUGAUAUGGAAUUCCUGGAGAGAACGCAAGGUGACUCUAUAGAGUUCUACUGUAUCUCUGAGUUCAAUGCCUCCAAGCCCAUUGGGUUCUACCUGAAACGCAAGUGGCUGCAGCCCAACAGAGAGGUCCUGUUCAUGUUUACUUACCAAAAGCCUGUGUUUCACCUUGACGUCAAAGAGCGCAUCCAUGUCACUGGAGACCCGAGUACUCACCGGGUCAACGUGACCCUCAGCCAGUUGAAGGGAACAGACACAGACAUCUACUACUGUGAGUUUGUCUUCCCCGAUGCCUACAGCAUAGAUCAAAAGAUUCCAAGCAAGAUGGAGUUAUUUCUGUACGUCGCCGAUGCUGCCAGUCAUACUACUGUUUGUUUCCCAUGUGGAGAAGAUGCCCCAGACAGCAAGAUGGAUGUAGGCCUAAUAGAGACGUGCGCCGGGGGGUCAGCUGUCCUCCCCUGCCUCGCCCCCUACGGUUCCCCCUCGGCCAUGGAAGGGGUAUGCCUGAAGAGGCGGUGGGGCCGGGCUCCAGUGGAGGUGCUGUUCCACUCCAAGCGCCUCUUUUCCUCCGCCUCGUUCCCCCCAGAAGAGAGGCUUCACCUGGGCACGGGGCUGGGCGGCCUGACCUACAACCUCACCCUGCUAAAGAUGCAGCCGGAAGAGAGCGCCUUUUACAGCUGUGAGCUGCUGCUCCCCGGCAGGCCCGACAACAGUGCCAGGCUAGGGAGACACGUCUACUUUGUGUCUGUGCAAGAUGUUAGGUGUAGCUGUACGGGUUAUGCUCCACUGAUCUAUGUCCUUUCUGCUGCUGUGGGGCUGCUACUCAUCUUCCUUAUGGCCCUGGGAGUGGCUUAUUAUGGUAAGACCCGAGGCGACCGUGUCAAACCGCAGCCCCACCAGGUCUCCAUCUACGAGGAGAUGGUCAGGGUGCGGCCCCCCAACCGGAAUGGAAAAGUGUCCCCCUCUUAUCUGGAGGAAAAGGAUGCUUCCGCCUAUGACACCCCCCCUCUGAGGUCUCGACAGGAAAACCACUAUGAGAGGCCUGAAGGGGUACCACUAGUAUCUGAAACUGUUGGGGAGAUGUGAGGAACGAGGUCCGCCCAAUCUCACCAACACUGUUUGAUUACUCAUUUAUAAACUGGAGUCUGAACUACAACAUCCAUCUUAGCCCACCUAAUUUAGUUUGUUGUACUGUAAAUGCUGUUGUGGAGUUUCAAGGAUGUUUUGUAUUUGAUGUAAAUGCUGGCAGCUGAAUGUUGUAGCUUAGCUUUUAUAAUAGGAAUGGUAUUCAAUUUUUUUUUUUUAUAAACAAGAGUGUAAUACGUGUCUUGAUUAGUAUUUUGACAUGGUACAUUUAUCCAUGCCCACUGUCCAGUCCACAGGAAACUGUUAUUAUUGCCAAUCGAGGAGAUGGGAGACAGGACUUGCAGCAUGAUCUAGAAAGGAGUUGUAUUUUAGCCCUUGGCAACGCAGACGCUCGUGAGCAUAGUAAUUAACAGAUUUCUAAAUGUAUUUUGCGACGUGAGCGGUGUAGUCAUGGUAUUAGUCCGACUGCGUUGCAUGCGCUACAAAAUAAAUGUAGAAAUCUGUUAUUCAAUUAUUGCACCAAGGAGCAUCUGCAUUGCCAUGGGCUAAAAUAGAAGUAAAAAAUAAACCUCACUUAUAACAAGGGGUGCUUCUCAAGUGUCAAGUAAAGUGGAUUCCUCAGUGGUGCGUCUCAAUAGUCUAGUGGCUUUGUGUGGGCGAGUUGUCUAAAAGUUGCUUCCUUAUCCGUCUGCAUCUAGUUACUAGCUUUCUCUGGGGGUUCUUUGUCUCUAGAGGUCCACAUGAAAAAUCAAACCCACAGUGAAGACUACACAAGAAAAUCAACAAGACGCUUUUUAACAGCCAAGAAAAAUGUCAAUUUAUUAAUAUAGUCCGAAAGAAGCGCCAUAACUUAUGGAAACAUGUUUUUUCCGGUGCAUGUCAUUAACAAUUACAUUCUAUGAGGAGAAAAAAUAAAAGCCACAACUUUCUCAGCACAGACAUUUCUCCUUAAAUUUUUUUUUCUUAAAUAAAAAAGGCAGAAGGCAGAGUACCACCUCCUCCCCCAUACAAAAACCGGACUGCCUUAAGUCAUGGGCUUUUUCUCAGUAUAACCCACAGUGCUUUAGCAGAAGGAUAAGCGCUCAUUGGUUAAGGAUUACACAGCAUGGUGAAGCAAUACAAAGUUUUGCCAUAAAUCUGAUGGGGGGGGGGGGGGGAGAAAAUCUAA